UACUUUCGCUUUCACUUAUCAGGAAGCAGCCUGCAGCGGACGGAAGAAGUUUCAAAAUGUCAGAAAAGGACCAAGUGGAGGAAAUGGAAGUAGAUCAUCCGUCUCACGACGGCUCUGCUGGGGAUGGAGAUGAGGUGUGGCUCACUCUCUCUUUGAUCUGGUCGAACUCUGAAAAACCUCAGAAACUGGAGAAAAGUGUUGAACAGGUUCUCCAGUCUUGGUUCAACAAAUUCGAAAAAAAGGCAGACUGCUCAGUGGAGAAGAUCUUUAAAGAUGGAAGAGUUCUGGUAAAGCUUAAACCAGAUCCAGGUGUGUCUCAGCUCCAGAAGCUGUAUGGAGAAACUCUGACAGUCAAGAAAAGUGAAGAUACUGUAACCAUCUCAUCUAUUUGCCUGAAACCAUCAACUCUGAAUGAUCCAUCAGAAGAUGCUCCACAAGGACAAAAUCCACCAGGAGUCCAGGGACUCCCGGCAGUCCAGGGGCAACCAGGAGCCCAGGCUCAACCAGGAGCCCAAGGUCCACUGGCAGUCCAGGGGCAACCAGGAGCCCAAGGUCCACUGGCAGUCCAGGGGCAACCAGGAGCCCAAGGUCCACUGGCAGUCCAAGGGCAACCAGGAGCAGAGAGUAGUUCUGUUUGUGCUGCAGCAGAAAACGAGAAUCAUUGUGUCCUUCCUGUGAGUCAGUACUGGUAUUUGAACCAGGUUUACAGCAAGGAAGUUGACCAAAUAAUGAGAAGAAACGGAGCCACAUUUUCAGAAAACUUGACGGUGUCAUUUGAAGCAGUGGAUCAAGAUGGAGACCCACAAAAAGCUCUCUCCGAGUUUAUAAACCUUGUCCAGUCAUUAGACUUCAGUAACUCAGUUCCUGUCAAUUAUGUAGAUACAGAUCAGUUGAGCGAGGCAGUCAACAUCAUCAAGAAAAAAGAACAAAAGCUCUUGCUCUCUUUAUCCUCUGAAAAAGCCUUUGCAUUAGGGCCCAGUGAGAGCUGUGCGGCUAUAAGUGAAUGCUUAAAAGCAGAGCCUCAAACAAACACACCCAUUACUGAUGCCGACAAUGACAGAAUGCCUUCAGACCCAUCACUGACGAUUAAGAUGACCAUCACAGACCCUCUUGUUGAUGAAGGUCUAAACAUGGAGGAGAGCUACUGGAAGAUGAUGACUGCUGCUUACAGUGACAGAAUAGAAGACAUUAAAGCAAAGUUCAGUGUGGAUUUCAAAGAAAGAGACACUGCUCAGGGGAAAGUCAUUGUUAGACCUUGCUACAACAACACUGGAGGAAACAUCUCCAUGGAGAGCCACGCCGUGAGAGCUCUUCUUCGUCUGUACCAGAAGACUGCUACGUCACCCAUGAACUCCAACCAAGCCUGGAUGAAGAACAUGAAUGGUGGAAGCGAGUUUAAAAAGAGCACAGAUGGUUUUGAGAUGGUUGGUGGAUCUGCCAAUCGCUCCCACAUCACUGAAUCAGCUGCAGGAGAGGGAGCAGCAGCAGCAGACAGCAAAGAGGAAGAUUACUGUCCUAUAUGCAGGGACACGUUUACAAAGAAGACACAGCUGAAGUGCAAACAUGAAUUUUGUGAGGAAUGUCUGCAACAGGCAGAGAAAAGCAUGGGGCCUGUCUGUCCUGUCUGCAGAGAGGUCUUUGGUAAGAUUGAAGGAAACCAGCCAAAAGGAACCAUGAAAUGGAUAAAAUCUCCUCAAUCCCUCCCUGGAUUCCCAGGCUGUGGCACUAUUGAGAUCACCUAUUGUAUUCCUGAUGGAAGACAGACGGAGAAACACCCCAACCCUGGACAGCCCUACUAUGGCUUUAUGAGAACUGCAUAUCUCCCAGACAACAAAGAGGGCUUAGAAGUGCUGCAUCUGCUAAAACGAGCAUUUGACCAGAAGCUCAUUUUCACUGUUGGAACAUCCAGAACGACUGGAGCAGACAACCAAGUGACCUGGAACGACAUUCACCACAAGACAACGCGUUUAGGAGGACCGGCAGGCUUUGGCUAUCCUGACCCUGAUUACUUGAGCAGAGUGAAAGAGGAGUUGAAAGAAAAAGGCAUCAAGUAGAGACUUUGAGAGAAAGUCCAUUUGAGCUUCACAUCCAAGAAACCCAAACAUAUACAAAAUAUAUGUUGGUUUGUGUUUAUGUUUUAAAUGAUGGAUGCAAUAAUUUAUCAAUCAGGUGUGUCAAACAUACAGCUGUGCAAAGUGUAAAAAUCAUAUCAAAAUAGUAUUUUGAAAAAAUGACUUAUUUUGAAUGUGUAUGUUGAAGGCUACAGAAAUCAUGUGUCAUUAUUUGUGGCCUCAUUUUAAAUCACUCGUUUUUCUUUUGGAAAUUCUGAACUUUAGGUUUUUAGAAAAGCUAUUUGUAUGAAAUUGUCCUACAUUUGGAGUGGUGGUUAUUUUAAAACUAUUGUACUGUUAUUGUUGCUUUCAAGAUGGAAUUAGCCUGUAUGUGGCCACUGAACAAAUGAGUUUGAAGCCUUUGUUUUGAGUGUCUGAUAUGAUCAAUAAGGGUUCACUGCAAGCUUGUUGACGCAUAAUUACAUAUGAAAUGUAAUCUCUAUUUUUUUUUCCCAGUGCACAACAGUAUGAGAAUGACAUUUGCAUCUGUAAACUGCAGGAGAUGUGCUGUCUUAAUAAAGGAUGUUGAUCAACC